AUGAAUACUCAAAAGACGUGGUCCAUUGUGCUCCCUAGCACGAACAUUUUUUUAGAUCCACUCAGACUCUACGAGUCGGCCAAGAAGAUUGAAGUGUUGGAACUCACCAAAUUGGAGAUGAAGGAGCAACUAGAGCUGCUCGAUUUUCAGAUGGUCGAAAUUGAAAACCAAAAGGCUAUGCUCACCGAGUAUUUCCUGAAGUCGAAAGGAGUCGUAGUACCAGGACAGAAGGGCCGAAGAGCUACUGGCAGGGCUCGGAGGUCAUGCUGCCCAACGGAAGUUGAAGAGGAACUUCGUCGUCAACCGGUCACCGAAAACGGCUCGACUCAAACAGAUGACGACCUUGACAAUGGCCCCGCAGCCCUAGCAGCUGCACGUGUGGAGACGGCAUCGGUGCUCACAGAACUGGCCAAUCAGCAAGCGGAAUGUGCAGCCCUGAGCGCAAAGCACCGACACCUGGAGAAUUUGGUGCGAGAGCUUCGUCGUGACAACACGGACCUGCGCGAACAAAUUGGGCGCGUCAGUGAUGAGGCGGAGGAUGAGGAUUCCCUUGCGGAAAGUGAUAAACACACACGCGCCCAGUUGCUACAGACUGAAUUAGCAACCAAAGCGGAACAAAUUAUUCUGCUGGAGGAGCACUUGGCCAAAUCCGAGGCUGCCAACAAGGCGCUGAAGGAUCAGCUCAAAUCCAUUCAGACCACCAGUAACGACCGCAGCAAGAGGGAUGAUGAAAGUGGGGAGGAUAGACCCCGGAGUCUUCAGCUUAGCCCUGCUACAGUGCAACAGUUGGUGACAGAAUUGGAAGGUGUUGAGUCGCUCAACGCCGAGAACCUCCUUGAAUCAAUUCGCAACCUUAAAAGACUGAGAAAUUCCCUUCUUUCAACCGGUUCUCGGGCGAACAUUAAAUAUGCCACAUCGCCCGAGUACUACUCCGCUCAGUUCAGUCAAUUGCAAAACUCCUCCGAGGUCGAGGGCAUGCGCGGCCAAUUGGCUGUUUGUGAAAAACGCCGAGCUGACCUUGAAAGGAGGGUCGCAGAGCUAUCAUCUGGGCUGUCCCAGGCACAGGCCGCUAACCGCGCCAACGAGGCGGCUCUCACAGCCUCUCGACGCAAUGAGGCCGCACUGAGACGCCGUCUCCUAGCAACCAUAGACACUGGAUCGACAAACAGUCAGCGUAGUAGGCCGAUAUCGUCCUUGGAUUAUUCAGGAACCUUACAGUCGGGGCUAAAAGACGACCUCGAUGCGCAGACUAAAAUGAUAAAGUUGGAGGCAGUGAAUUUGGCUUUGUCAGAGGCUAGCCAGUUGGAUCGAGUGCGCUUGCAGGAGCAGGCGACGCGUAUUGCUCAACUGGAGGCUGAACAGCGUACACUGCAUGACAGAAUGGCCAGUCUCCAAGCUUCCGAGUCCUGUGCCCAGAGGGCUAGCGUGCGGCUCCAGCCCUGCACCAUAAAGGCCUGCGUGGAAGUGCGCGAGGUGUUGCGUGGUCUGCAGGAGCGAUUCAUUCGCACCGCAGAGCAGUUGGCGGAGGCGGAGACGCUGCUGGCGGAGGUCGGUGGCACUAAUGUCCCCACACAUCCCUCUGCUGUUGCCUGCGGCCACCUACUUGCUGCGCUUCGUGCCUGCACCGAAGGCAGUGGUGGCAGCGACAGUGGCUCAGCGACAGGUACACAGCAACGACUGUUCGCACGACUGGAGACGUGGGUCGUCACGCAAUUAGCAAGGCGGGAUUCUGUGGAGGCGCAGCUGCGACAGCGAUGCGGGGACCUUGAGGUAGAGCUGGCAAAGGCUUCCCCUGAUAUUGAUUUUAGGGUUCUCAAGUCCAAUUUGGAGGCACAGAAGAAAGAACUGGCAGAUCUCUGUCGUAAAUUGGAAAGCACGCAGGAUGAGUUGGAGGCGAUGAAAGCCCUCUGCGAAAAUCACACUACCCAUACUACUAGGAAUGGCUGA